AUGACGCCUUCCACAAAGACGUCCAGUCAUUGGACUUUAUCAGAACUGCUUGGGCAGCGGAGGCUGUUGGGGCUCGGUGCUGUGCUGGCAUGGCUCGUCCUCUUCCAUCUCCUUGUGAACGUUUGGCUUCUCUGCAUCUUCACCAGUCUCUUGGUGGUUCUUGGUGGUUGGCUUGGGUCCCGCGCCCUGCUGGAUGCAGACAGCCUUCUCCACUUGGAGCACUUUCUGCCUCUUGGCAAAAUUAACACGCCUCUGUAUUCACCUGAGCAUGAGUGGAGGUUGAACCACGAGAUCCACAACGCUGUCCACAAAGCCGUGCGUGACUUUGUGUCCUCGUGGUAUCGUACUCUGAUGCCGGAGGUGGAGGGGGAGUUUGAACGUGCGGUGUGUGAUUCAAUGCUGGAGUCGGUGAUGGAGCUGAAGGAGCGUGCCCGCCGAGUGGACAGAAAAGCACUUUUUCAAAGGCUGCUCGAGCUGUACGGCCGUCACCUGCAGAGUUACAUGACGGCGAGACAGAUACAGUUGACCCAGAAGGAGAGCAUUAGCCUCUGGAAACUCUACAGUGAAGUAGAUGCCCUCCAUCCAGCGGUGAGCAGUGCAACCACUGAGCUCAGCUACUCAAGAGCACUUGUAAACCUCGUCCUACAUGUGCUUGUUCCAUAUCCUCAGAUGGAGACCAGGACAGGAGGUUACAUGGUUACAGAGCUCAUCACCUGCAACGUGAUGUUGCCGCUCAUAAACAGGUUAUCUGAUCCUGACUGGCUCAACCAAACCAUUGUAGACAUAAUCACUAAGUCCAGAGAACCACAAGAAACCAACGUGGACAAGCGCCUGGUGGCUACACUAUACAAAUGUCAGAUCCAGCAGGAGUCCUGGACCACAUGCAGGUCAUGUUCUUGUUCUUCUGAUCAAGCCAGUCUCACCAGCAAAAGCACCUCUGAGCUUGAUGACAUGCAGAGCCAGACGACACUCUGUGAGACGGACUCCUCACAGAACAGCAGUUCACUCGUGUCCGGACAUCACUCCACCUCAUCAGAGUCCAAAAUCAUUUCAAUGGACUCCCUAACUCAGUCAGACCUCGAAGAUGACCUGAGAGAAGGCUUUUGUGACUGCGGCCCUCCAACAAACUUCUACAACAGGAUCACUCUAAAGGACGAUGAGACCAUCGGCUGCUUCCGUCCUCUGAAAAAUCUCGGGCCAAAGGUGGUGGUGGCUGAGGAAUCCCAGUGGCCAACUGGUAUCGCCCAAGAGAAAUCCCCAAAGUUUCCUCCGAGAAGACUUUGUCUAACUUCCUGCAACUUUGAUGCCUCCAACAACCAAGUUGCUCCUGUGAACAUCCAGAAUGUGCAAAUCUCUGGUACCGUCACUGCGAAGGAGCAGCGGGGCACAGGCACACAUCCCUAUACUCUCUACACCGUGAAGUUUGAGACGGUGGCUGAAGCAGAAGACGGUGGCACUCCGCAACCUGCGUCCUGUCACACCGUCAACCGGAGAUACAGCGAGUUCCUGAACUUGCAAACACGUUUAGAGGAAAAGCCUGAAGUCAAGAAAGUAAUCAAGAACGUCAAAGGCCCAAAGAAAAUGUUCCCCGACCUCUCAUUCGGCAAUGCAGACAGUGACAAGGUUGAAGCUCGUAAAACCCAACUGGAUACAUUCCUUAAACAAUUAAGCAGCAUUCCUGAGACAUCCAACAGUGAGGACAUGCAAGAGUUCCUCGCUCUCAACUCAGAUGUUUGCACGUAUUUUGGAAGAAAGCCUUUUGUCAAGUCAAGAAUCGAUAAGAUGAUGGAAAACGCUUUAGACACCUUGAAGACAGCUUUCCCUCAUCCUGAGCCCCUCAGUCCAACGGAGGACCUCGACGGAGAUGCUGACGGAAGAACAAUGGACAACAGGAAGUACAGGAGGCUCAUGUUCCCGAGCAAAAUCUCCCCAUCUCUCAACAUACCUGACCUACAUCCUAAAGUGACAUACUGCUUCAGUGAAGGCAGUGCUGGUCUUAACGGCAUGACGCUGUCGGGCCUGGAGAGCUUCGUCAAAGAGCAGGAGAGACUUUUAUGUGGGUCGAAUGGGAAAGAGGCGGCCGGGCAGAGCUGUGAGCGGUCCAGAAAAGACAAGACGACGUCGGGGAAGAGUCACGGAGCAGAUACAGCUGUGGCAGAUGUUGCUUUGAACAUUUUGUGUCUGCUGAUGAAGGAUCAGUGGAGUUGGCUGUGCACAGAGAACAUACAGAAGACCAUCAGGCUGCUGUUUGGUACCUUCAUUGAGAGAUGGCUGGAUGUAGGAGUUGCCCACCUUACCAGCGCCCCCUGCUGGGUAAUUUACCUACAAGUGCUGCAGGAAGCCGUAUGGCCGGGCGGCACGCUGCCUGUUCAACCACGGCCUGAGCGCAGCGCCGCAGAACAAGAGGAGACCAAAGAGCAGUGCCUGGACUGUCUGAUGCAGCUGCUGCCAGAGCUCAUCACUGACGUGCUGGGAAGUGAGAAGUACAGACUGACCUUGGAGACCAUGUUGGAGUCUUUACAGGACCACUGGAUAAACAAGCAUCUGAUCUUCUGCAUCUGCGAGCUGCUGCUGGAGUUUCUGAUCCCCGAGUCGUGUGACGAGGACUUCCAGAGGUCUCUGCUGCUGAGCCUCGCCAAAGACAACGUGUGAGCGCGCUCCGCUGCAGACAUCUGAUUGGUUACAUCAGAGUCACGUGACUUCACCUGGAUUCAGGACCUGUUUCCUUCCUCCUGGCUCUUCUUGUGCACAGGUGGCUCAUGGGGUCAAGUUACAUUAUUAAACAGGCACUUAGGCGUCCUGCAGGAGAAACUGUUUAUUCAUGUAUGUUUGAUUUUUUUAUAUUUCUAAAUAUGUUGAACUGUGUUGAAGUUUAAGAUCCGUCCUUUUUAUUUCCCUCCAUCUGAUGGGAAGUGCCAAAAAACCUGCAGUUCCUCUAACGUCCACCAGAG